AUGGCUGUCAAGGGCUUGAGCAUUGCUGCUAUUUUCUUUGUUAUUGCAUCUGCUUUGCUGCUUCUUUCUCCUUCACCAUCCGUUGAUGCUAGUCCUCUCCUGAGUGCCUGCCAUUUUGAUCAAGUGUACCAACUUGGGGACUCCAUAUCAGACACUGGGAAUUUGAUCAGGGAAUCUCCACUUGGAGCCGCUUUACCUUUCGCCAGAAACCCCUACGGUCAGACCUUCUCCCACCGCAAAGCCACUGGUCGUUGCUCUAAUGGGCUUCUUAUGAUUGACUACAUUGCCCAGGCGCUGGGUCUACCUCUCGUGAAUUCGAUCAAGGACACAAAGGAAAAUUUUGAGCAUGUAGCAAAUUUUGCCGUAGCCGGUGCUACGGUACUAUCAUCAGCUGCUCUUGCCCGUCAUCAUGUUAGAAAUCCAGUGACCAGCAGUUCCCUUGACGUAUAA